UCUUCUCUGGACUUGCAUCUUGCGUGGAAAAAGGGGGAAUGUCCAGUUGCCUGCGAGGUAACUAGCGAUCAUUCCAGAGUAGAGGAGGCAGAUGGCUUUGUUGUUCACGCAAGAGAUUCGCAUAUGACUCCUCCGGUAGAUUCAGUGCCUUGGAUCUUGUUCACACGAGAAAAUCCAGUUUACACUCCCGCUCUGACAGACGCCAACUUCAUGUCUAAGUUCAAGUUGCUGAGAAGUUACCGUUUAGAUUCGGACUUUCCGGAUCCGUCCUUUUUCAUGCCUGAUUUAACCCCACCUAUUGCCUUCGAAGAAAAGACGGCAAUGGUCUUUGCCGCAUUCUCAAACUGUGAACCCGUGCGAACUGAGUACAUGAAGCAACUGAUGAAGUUUAUCCCAAUCGAUUCUUAUGGAGACUGUCUUAAAAACAAACGAGGUCUCGUGGCAAGAUAUGGCAAAGAUUUUAAGCAACGCAAAACUGAAUUGGCUAGAAAGUACAAAUUUACAUUGGUGUUCUUUAACCAAGACUGUGAUUAUUUUGUGGAUAAUCAGCUCACUCAUGCCCUCAGCGCUGGUUCAGUCCCUGUUGUGAUGGGUACAGACAAACUUGACCAGUUUCUUCCUGGAAAUCUUCGAAGCUCCAUCAUUAAUGUCCGUGACUUCGAAAACCCCAAACUUUUGGCUGACUACAUUACGUACCUAAGCAGUAACAAGGAUGAGUACAGCAAAUACCUUGAAUGGAAAAGGAAAGGAUUCGGUGACAUUGAAGGAACUAACAUUGGAAAAUGCUGGAUGCCAAAAUACCCGCUCUAUUGCCAAAUUUGCAUGGCGCUGUCAGAAGGAAGAAUUCACAAAGAUGGUCUCAAAGUGGAUAUCUGCAAGAAAAGGGCCUUUAAAGACUGGGGAAUAAACCCCAGGGCCCAAGUUGAUCUCUAA